AUGAAGAUUCAAGGGAAUAGAUACUCAAAUUGGAGAUGGGAUUCAGAUAGGUACUGGGUUAAGAUUUUGGGCAAUGUUAAAAUUGGAGAAAAUGCAAAAAUUGGAGCAGGAUUAGUUGUUUUGGAGGAAAUUCCAGCAUGUGCAACAUCAAUUGAAAAUCCUGAAAGUGUAACUAUUAGAUUUCCUUCUCAGAAUGAGAGGUUUCUGUGGUUAAGAUUUGGCGGUUGGGGUGUUAUUGAGAGUAGAAAAAAAGUUGAUUAUUUGAGUGAAAAUAAUGGUGGGUGUGACGUGUUUGAAGGUGAUUGGGUGUGGGAUGAUAGUUAUCCUUUAUAUCAGUCUAAAAAUUGUAGUUUCUUGGAUGAAGGAUUCAAAUGUUCUGAAAAUGGGAGACCUGAUUUUUUCUACACCAAGUGGAGGUGGCAGCCCAAAGGUUGCAAUUUACCCAGAUUUGAUGCGAAGAUUAUGCUAAAAAAUCUGCGAAAUAAACGUCUAGUGUUUGUCGGAGACUCAAUUGGGAGAAACCAAUGGGAGUCCCUUCUCUGCAUGCUGUCUUCUGCUAUUUCCAACAAGGACUCAAUCUACGAAGUAAAUGGAAACCCGAUUACAAAGCAUAAAGGAUUCUUGGUAUACAAGUUUAUGGAAUAUAAUUGUACCGUGGAGUACUACAGGGCUCCAUUUCUUGUAUUGCAGAGACGGCCUCCUGCCAACGUUCCAUCCAAGAUUAAAACAACUCUAAAACUAGAUCAAAUGGAUUGGACUUCUACAAAAUGGAAAGAUGCCGAUGUGCUCGUUUUCAACACGGGACAUUGGUGGAAUUAUGAGAAGACCAUAAGAGGGGGUUGUUACUUCCAAGAAGGAUCCGAGGUGAAGAUGGACAUGAGAGUUGAGAGUGCAUACCGGAAGUCCUUAGAAACAGUGGUAGAAUGGAUACAUAGUGAAGUGAAUACCACCAAGACACAGGUCUUCUUUCGGACAUAUGCUCCCGUACAUUUCAGGGGUGGAGAUUGGAGAUCCGGAGGAACCUGUCACUUGGAGACGCUUCCAGAGCUUGGUUCUUCAUUAGUGCCAUCACACACUUGGGUUCAAUAUAGCAUAUUUGCCGAUGUAAUGUCAAGUCACUGGAACGAAUUAGAUUUGAGAACACUAAAUGUAACUCAUAUGUCAGCAAGAAGAAAAGACGGGCAUUCUUCUUUAUAUUACUUGGGUCCAAACGUUGGUCCUGCCCCCCUUCAUAGACAGGAUUGCAGCCACUGGUGUCUGCCUGGAGUCCCAGAUGCAUGGAACGAGCUGCUCUAUGCCCUCCUGCUAAAGCAUGACUCCAAGAAAAAUACGAAUUCGUCAACAGUUCAUGCAGUGGCAGUAUGA